AUGUUGAGCCUGCGAGGAUGGAGCAGGCGCCUUGGGCUUGAUAGCCUGACCAGAAGAGAUGCCAAUGACUCUGAGUCCAGUCAGCCGGAGUUUACUUUUGCGGCUGUGUCCAUCGGUCUGCUCAUAGGUUGUUUGCUAUGCUUCACGAAUCUUUACUUUGGUCUGCAAACGGGCUGGAUCAGCAUGAUGUCCCUUCAAUCAGCCCUCAUAGGUUUCCUACUAUCAAAGAUGCUCCCAAAGCCGCUUUCUCCACAAGAAAUCAUCGUGGUCCAAACCACUGCGGUUGCUACUGGCACUAUGCCACUUGCUGCGGGAUUUGUGGGUAUCUUACCUGCCUUGGGCUUACUUAGCGAGGAGAAGGAUGGGACGCCUCCUAUCCAUCUCUCUUGGAUUGCGGCGAUAGGAUGGUCUUGCUCUAUUGCAUUUUUUGGAGUUUUCCUAUCCCCACCCAUUCGAAAACAAGUUAUUAUAGAAGAACAACUUGCAUUUCCAUCAGGGACAGCCACGGCGCAGCUAAUCUCCGUUCUUCAUCGAUUGCCACCCCCUGAUACUUCUCUGAGACGUCGUAAUGGAUAUACGGAGGUCGACACAGAGGAUAUUUCUGAGGGCACGUUACUGAAUGACUCAUUGAAUCCCGAGGAGAGUAUAGAUCGCGUAGAAGACGAAAGAGAAGUUGUCACCCAAGAAGGCUGGUCAGAUCUCGUUUACAGCUUCCUUGCGUCCGGUGCUAUGACACUUGCAGCAUACUUUUUCCCUAUCGUCUUUUCGAUACCUCUAUUUGGAAAAUACUUGGCGCGCGAGUGGCUGUGGUCGUUUACUCCCAGUUUAUCUUACGUGGGGCAAGGAAUCAUCAUGGGCUUUCCUACGACGCUCAGUAUGAACUUGGGUAUGCUCGUGGGCUGGGGUAUUCUUUCGCCAAUAUCUAAAUACUCUGGAUGGGCCCCUGGCCCCGUUGGCGACAUGUCGACUGGUGCUCGAGGAUGGAUACUCUGGGUAUCUCUCGCUAUAAUGUGUUCCGACAGUGUCGUUUCACUGCUUCCUGUUGUCUAUGAAUCUGGUAUGAAGCUAUUGCGAAGUUCCUCGAUACAGCUGGAGGACGAUCAGAACAAAGACCAUGAAGUUGAAACUGAGGAUAGACUGGUUCCCAUUCGUUGGGUGGUGAAUGGAUUACUUGGCAGUGUCAUCAUUGGCACUCUCCUCGUAUGGAUGGUAUUUGGAAAUGAAGGUAUCAAGCCAUGGGCAACGUUGAUUGGAUUUGUGAUGGGUGGAUUACUAAGUAUUCUUGGAGUUCGCGCCUUGGGAGAGACUGAUCUGAACCCUGUUAGUGGUUUGGGCAAGAUUUCACAACUACUCUUCGCUUGGAUACAGCCAGGAAAUGUGGUGGCCAACAUCAUUGCAGGAGGCGUAGCAGAGGCUGGUGCUCAACAGGCUGGAGAUCUGAUGCAAGAUCUGAAAACUGGGCAUCUCAUACAUGCGUCACCCAGAGCUCAGUUCUUUGGUCAACUGAUCGGCUCAUUGUUGUCCAUCGUUGUCUCAGCUACUGCCUAUACUCUCUACAAUCGAGCGUACGAAAUACCUGGGCCUUCUUUCCCCGCGCCAACCGCCUAUGUCUGGCUCAGCCUGGCACGCCUCCUUCGUGAUGGCCAACUUCCAGACUAUAGUCAGGUAUACAUGGUGGUCUUCGCCGCGGUAUUUUCUAUCAUCGCAGGCGUGAAAAUCUUCGCAGUCCGACGACGUGCCAGCUACGCAAAGUGGAUUCCUUCGGGGGUUGCGUUCGCCAUUGGCUUUCUCAACACGCCUUCCUUCUCGCUUGCUCGUUUGAUAGGAGGCAUCGUCGAGUACCUCUAUCACACCCGCGUCGCCAAGUCAGGCGGGGCAGACAUUCGGCUGAUUGUCAUCGCCAGUGGAUUCGUCCUUGGAGAAGGUGUCAUUAGCAUAGUCUCUCUCGUGCUUCGGACGUUUGGUGUGGGCGUCGCUAGUUGUUGGGGGUGCAGUGGGGGAAUUUGUGCAGGGUGUCCUGCGUGA